CAGUCCCGAGUUUAUUGACGUUUGAAAAUUGUAAUUUUCUGUCAUAAAGUGCGCUAGUAUUUUUAUGCAAGUAAUUUAUGUUGAUAUUGAUAUUUAUGUUUACUACAAGGGCAAGGACGGUUGACAGUACUUAUGUCAGGCGUUAAUUUCGUUGUAUGUUCAAGAAAUUAGUGCGCUGUGAAAUUUGAGGAAAUGGCAACGCUUAUUGAUAAUUAUGAACAGCAGUACGCGGUUCUUACUGCUGAUAUUACGGCUAAAAUUGGCAGAAUUAAUGUCGUUAGUGGAGGUGAGAAAAGGGCCUUUGUUCAGGAUGUCGAUCGACAAUUGGAAGAGGCACAGGAAUUGUUGGAACAAAUGGAACUGGAAGUCCGCGGAACAGGCGGAACUCAACGAGACCGUCUGCGCAGCCGCGUAGAAAGUCACCGCGCAGAAUUGAAACGACUAACCCAAGAAUUUAAAUUAUCCCGAAAGCCCAAGGAGGAAAUCGUGGACUUGAACGUCCUCGACGAGUGGGACAAUGAAGUUGUCACCGAAGACCAAAAAUCCCGGCUUCUCGACACUUCAGAGCGCAUCGAUCGCACCGGAAGAACUCUGCAAAAUGGCUACCGUAUGAUUCUUGAAACUGAAGAUAUCGGCGCGCAGGUUCUCAAGGAUUUGAGCGAACAAAGAGAAACUAUUCAAAGAGGCCGAUCUCGUUUGAGAGAAACAGACGCAGAAAUAGGAAGAGGAUCAAGAAUUUUAUCAGGAAUGAUAUUUCGUGCGUUGCAACAAAGAUUCAUUCUCGCUGCCGUAUUUUUAGUAUUAAUUAUUGUCGCAUGCUUUGUUAUUUAUUUUAGUUUCACCUCAAGAAGUUAAUUUAUUUAUUUGUUAGUCUU